GGUUUCUUCUUCUAUAUAAGGACGCAACUCAACUCGAAGACUGACAGAGCAAGACGGGGGCUGGUUGGAUAACGUUGGGAGCUUUCCCUUCAGUCCCGAUUCCUCUCAUCGGCGAUCAUGGUUACCGGACGUGGUUUACUCCCGGCUGUUGUUCUGCUUUCGAUCCUUCUGCUGCCUUCGAUUCUUCCGGCAUCGGCCGAUGGUUUGGUCAGAAUCGGGCUGAAGAAGAAACCCUUGGACGAGAACGAUCGGUUCGCGGCUCGGCUCGUUCAGGAUGGGAGGCGUUCGAUCUCCCGGGAACAUGGCUUUCGUCUCAAGAACGGGGAAGAUGUUGAUAUUAUUUCUCUCAAGAACUACAUGAACGCGCAGUACUUUGGGGAGGUCGGCAUCGGCUCGCCCUCACAGAAAUUCACCGUGAUCUUUGAUACCGGGAGCUCGAAUUUGUGGGUUCCCUCUUCCAAGUGUUACUUCUCGAUCGCUUGCUUUUUCCACUCGAGGUAUAAGUCAACUCGAUCAAGCUCCUAUCAGAAAAAUGGCAAGUCUGCAGCUAUUCAUUAUGGAUCAGGAUCAAUUUCUGGUUUCUUUAGCCAAGAUCAUGUCACAGUUGGUGGCCUAGUUGUUAAGUCUCAGGACUUUAUUGAAGCUACCAGGGAACCAAGUGCCACGUUCCUAGUGGCAAAGUUUGAUGGCAUACUUGGACUUGGUUUUAAGGAGAUAUCAGUUGGGAAAGCCGUGCCUGUGUGGUAUAAUAUGGUCAAGCAAGGUCUUGUUAAGGAACCUGUUUUCUCUUUCUGGUUCAACCGGCAUGCUGAUGAAGGGGAAGGUGGCGAAAUUGUUUUUGGAGGGGUUGAUCCAAACCAUUAUAAGGGCGAACACACAUAUGUUCCUGUAACUCAAAAAGGCUAUUGGCAGUUUAACAUGGGAGAUGUACUUAUUGGAGGCGAAUCUACUGGAUUCUGUGAUGGUGGUUGUGCGGCUAUUGCAGAUUCAGGAACUUCUCUGAUUGCUGGUCCAACUACCAUUAUUGCAGAAAUUAACCAGAAAAUUGGAGCUUCUGGUGUUGUUAGCCAAGAGUGCAAAGCAGUAGUGGCUCAAUAUGGGCAACAAAUUUUGAAAAUGCUGUUGUCGGAGACUGAACCAGCCAAGAUUUGCUCUCAGAUUGGUCUGUGUACCUUUGACGGAACUCGAGGAGUUAGUAUUGACAUCGAAAGCGUGGUGAAUGAGAAUGCCGAUGCAUCAUCUGGUGUGCAGACCAAUAGUAUGUGCGGUGUUUGUGAAAUGUCAGUUGUGUGGAUGCAAAACCAGCUGAGACAGAACCAGACGCAAGAACGAGUGCUGAACUACAUUAAUGGGCUAUGCGAGCGGCUGCCUAGUCCCAUGGGGGAAUCAUCAGUAGACUGUGCUGCCAUUUCGUCCAUGCCUGGUGUCUCUUUCACUAUUGGAAAUAAAACAUUUGAGCUUGCAGCAGAACAGUACAUACUGAAGGUCGGUGAAGGUGCUGCAGCACAGUGCAUUAGUGGGUUCACAGCCUUGGAUGUGCCACCACCUCGUGGUCCCCUUUGGAUCCUGGGAGAUGUUUUCAUGGGAGUCUAUCACACUGUAUUCGACUACCGCAACUUGAGAGUUGGGUUCGCGGAAGCAGCAUAGAAGACAAACAGAUAUGCGCUUGCACUUUGUCGAUAUACUAAAACCCUGCUGUUCGUUUCAUAAGAAGGCAAAGACUGUCCAUGUAUAUAAGAUGUAGUGUGUUUUAUCUAAAGUUUCAGCUAAACAACAACCAGUGAUCUAUUACGAUCCUCUACGGACACCUUUCGUACAUGUUGACUUGUACUCGAAAAUCUCAAAUCUUACGAGU